AUGCCAGUAAGGGCUCUCUCAGCAACUUCUAAAUGCCUCGAAAAUUCUAGAAGGCUUUGUCCAUCUGCUUGCUUUAGAAGAGCUUUCAAGGCCGUUUUUACAAAUCUCAACGCCCAUGGAAGAACUGGACCAACAGCGCUGGGCCGUCACUACACAGGACAGGAUCAUGACGGACAAGUUACUCUGUCCAGCGGUGUUCAACAGUGGACUGUGCCGCACACUGGUGACUAUAGAAUAGCAGCAAUAGCAGCUGCAGGCGGGUACGAUAUACAAACUAACAGCACUCAGUACCGGGGAAGAGGAGCAAGAAUGAUUGGAACGUUCCGCUUAAACAAGGGUGAAGUCAUUCAGAUACUUGUUGGUCAAGAAGGAGGAAUAAACACAGUCAAGCGGUCUUCUGGAGGUGGUGGAGGAACGUUUGUGGUGAGAGGAACCAACACACCUUUGAUAAUAGCUGGGGGCGGAGGAGGAGUAUGUGGAGUUAGGUCUAGACAUGAAAGAUGUGACGCCAGCACGAGCACAACAGGGAAUUCUGGACACAAAUCAUGGUCAGAGGGGGGCAAUGGACAUGGUACACAGACUGCCGAUGAUCAUGGUUCAGGUGGUGGUGGUGGCGGGUUUAACUCCAGUGGAAGAAGUGGAAAUAAUUUUCAUGGAACCAAAGAAUGUGGUGGAGAAGGUGGUAAGGGAUUUAUUCAGGGAGGGGUGGGCGGGAGAUCCAGGUUUCACGAUGUCCAUGGUGGGUUUGGUGGAGGUGGUGGAGCUUAUGGGAAAGGAGGAGGAGGACGAGGGGGAAGAGGAGGAGGAGGAGGAGGAGGAGGAUACUCUGGGGGAGGCAGUGGAAGUAAUGGUCUUGACACCUGUGGGGGUGGGGGAGGUUCUUACAACGAUGGAAACAACCAGGACAAUAAAUGUUGUUACAACAACGCUGGUCAUGGUCAAGUGACUAUUACGUUCCUUGAGUAAAA